AUGGCAGCCGUGUCUCGGGCGGCGAGGGGCCGAGCCAAUGCCGUCGAAGCGCUGCGCACCCUGCCCCCUUCUCAUUGGUUCCCUCGCCUGCCGGCCCCAUCCGAAGGAGCGUUUAAAAAAUUGAAAACAGAACCUUUGACAUCUGUAGGUAGUAUAAGUGGAAGCCAUUCUGGACACACGCCUACUACGGCUACGUGUCCGACUCCAGCAAGACGAAGACACCGUACGACUUUUACCCAGGAACAACUGGCCGAGCUUGAAGCUGCUUUUGCCAAGUCUCAUUACCCCGAUAUCUAUUGCAGGGAGGAAUUAGCAAGAAGUACAAAACUCAAUGAAGCUAGAAUACAGGUAUGGUUUCAAAACCGAAGGGCCAAGUACAGAAAACAGGAAAAGCAAUUGCAAAAGGCUUUGGCCCCGCCCUCCAUGCUUCCCGGAUGUAACGGGGCCGCCAUGAUGAGAAACAUCUACCCUUCAGCAUCUAGAACGUACCAAGCUUAUCCGCAUCCGAAUAGCAUGAACAGAUACCAUCCGCAGUUACGAAAUCCCGUUUCAACAAAAGUCGCGUCUCUAUUAAAAUUAGUAUUGCCAGUACUGGUACUAAACAUUCGACAAGAAAAGCAGAAUACCGCAUCUAGUUUAACACUAUAUUCUAGUCAUGGAUAUGUAUUAUAG